CAUGUGUAAUCAAUAAACAGAAACAAAAACGUGCUUUCAACGUUAUUUCCCCAUCAAAUAUUUGUUUAAGCAAAACGUUUUUGAUAUAACUUGCUAAUAUUUUAUUCUUAGUAAAAUUUGCAAAUGAAAUAUAGAUGAUUUAUUGAGAAAUUAAGGUUAAAUAAAAAUUUAACUAAAAUCUGAGAUCGGUAAAGUUGGUUCACGGAAAGGCACACGGUGACCUCUACAAUGGCGACCGAUUCAAGACUACCAAGCGCUCAAUCACUUGUGGAUUAUAAGCUUAACGAAGAUGUUUUAAGUGACAGUGGAAGUUCUUCUGGAGAUGAAGAAGACAAAACUUCAAGAAGCCAGUCCCACAGCAGCAAACACAAGGAGAAGAAAAAGCAUAAACACAAACACAAGCACAAGAAGCAUAAAAAACACAAACACAAAAAGCACAAGCAUGAGAAGACCAAUGACGAAGAAGAUGAUUCCAGGAGGAAGAAAAGGAAAAAGUUGGAAGAAAACCCAAUCGAUGACUUAGAAAGAGUAAAGGCAGAUCUCAGGGCAGAAUUGGAGGCACAGUCUCUACAAAAUGGAGAUUCGUUAAGUGAGUCAGAUGUCAAAGGUCAAAGUCAGGGUGACCCUGAAAAGGUCAGUGCUAUGUCUCUGAUAGCAUCAGGCUACCUCAGUGAGGAAGAAGGUGAGGUGGACCACGAGGAACAUGUUCACAGACUCCUCGAGGAACGCCUUUUGGCUGCAAGAAACCAGCCAGAAAAUGACGAGGACCAAAAAAGUGAGACCAGUCAUGCUCAUGCCAAAAGCGUAUCCAAUGAUAAUGACACCAAUAAUGACAUUGAAGAAGGUGAAUUUGACCAACCGUCCUCCAAAGCAAGGCGAGAUAAAAACAGGGACAAAAAGAAAAGAAGUCGAUCCAGGGACAGAAAACGCAGUAGAUCUAGAGAUAGAAAGCGAAGUAGAUCGAAGGAAAAAAGACGAAGUAGAUCAAGAGAGAAAGAGAGACAGAUAAGUAGAUCGAAAGAAAGAAGGAGUGGAUCCAGAGGGAAACGAAGCAAGUCCAAAGAGAGAAAAUUCAGGGAAUUCAAGGAGGAAAAAUCCCCUUCACGAAAGAAAAGUCGCUCACCAGUCAGAAAAAAAAGUAAGACACCGCCGCGCCAUAGGAGCAAGUCGCCCAACAGCAGGCGAGACAGGCCAUCAGAGCGGACUAAGUCACCUGAUAGAAGAGAGUCGAGAAGAAGGUCCAAUACACCUGAUAGAAGAGAGUCAAGACGAAGGUCUAAUUCAACUGAGGUCAGAGGCCGCAGGGAGAGGUCACCAGACAGACGCGACAGAAAAGAGCUGUCUGAGAAAGAGCGUGAGGCGGAGUGGGAGAGGCCCAGGAGAGGGGUGGAGAGGAGCCGAGAGGCCAGGGAGAGGUCCAGAGAGAGGUGGCUGGCAGAGAGGGGAGAGAGAUCUCCCAGAAGAGGUGCUAGAGACCGUGCAGGCCAUCGCAGCAGGUCACGUGACAGGAACCGUCGCAGAAGCCACACCCCAAGCGCAGAAGACAAGUUCAAGGGCAGCUUGUCCGAGGGUUUGGCACUACAGGACAAAGAGUCCUCAGAAGAAGAAAUUAUUGAGGACAUUGAGAUUUCAGAUGAUGAGGACGAGGAAAAGAUUAUACAGAGGCGGAGGAUGGAACGCGAGAAACUGCUCUUGCAACUCCAGACCCAGGAAGACAGUCGCGACAUCGCCUCACUGCCACCUGGUGAAGAAAGCAGAGCUGACUCCGACUCUCAGAUGCCCAGCGGAAUAGCCUCCCCUGACAGUGAUGUCAGUGACGUAGCAGACCAGGCAGCUGACGAUGCUGCAGAAUAUGCUAGGAUGAUCCUCUCGUCGAAUGACUUUGAGGAGUCCAUUAACGAGAAGCUGAGGCAGAUGACCAGCUAUAAGGAGAAAACUGAAGAGAACGGAGAUACUCCAGAAAAAUCCAAGUUUGAGACAGAAAAAGAAAAAGAAGAUAACAAAAAGAAAUUUUCAAAUGGCUUGGAUAUGUUCUCAGAGGAGGACAUAUUUAGCAACGAGGACUACAAUAGCCCCAACCUGAUGCGGCAGGUGUCUGGUAUUGGCAACGACAACCCAUCUCUGACUGACAACUGGGACGAUGCUGAGGGAUAUUACAGGGUGCGUAUUGGUGAGACGCUGGACAAACGCUACCAGGUGUAUGGCUUCACGGGACAGGGCGUGUUCAGUAACGUGGUGCGUGCGCGUGACCAGGCACGUGGUAACCAUGAGUGUGCAAUCAAGAUCAUCAGGAACAAUGAAAUGAUGCACAAGACAGGGCUGAAGGAGUUGGAGUACCUGAAGAAGUUGAAUGAUGCAGAUACAGAAGACAAGUUUCACUGUCUGCGGCUGUACCGCCAUUUCUUCCACAAGCAACAUCUCUGCCUCGUAUUUGAGUCUUUAAAGUGA